ACUUCUAAAGAAGAAAUAAUUUCGGGAUAAAAAAGUAGGUGAAAAAGAAAUCGAGUUGAUUAUCGAAUAAUAAGUUGAUAAAAUUUGUGAAUAAACGUUUUGUAACUUCUUGAGUGAACGUGAAAAAUACAAGUACGCGCAAUAAACAAGUUUUCUUGACUCAAGCAGUAGUGUCCAAAAAUAUGGCGCCCGAGUGAAUGACGCUGGAUGUAAAGUUAGGUGAAAAAUAAGUUUUAAUUAAUCGAAUUGAAGACUAAUUGAGUGAAACUGUCAAUAAAAUGAGUAACAUGUCGCCAUUCGGCGCCGGAAAGAAUCCACCGUGGGUUCGUAACACAGUAUUCCUAUCACCAGGCCAGGGAAUCCAGAAUAUACAGCAGCAAAUGCUGGGACAGGCUAUGGGAGGAAUGGGUGGUCAACCGAUGGUCCAAUACCAGCAACAAACUCAGCAAGUUUAUCAGCAGAGUCUGGGAUUGCAACAACCCAAUCUGACAAUGGCAUCAAUGGCCAGCCUUGGAUCAAAUCUUCCUUCAGGAAUUGCUGGGCAAUUGUACCCUCAGGUGGCAACCGUCUCAUAUCCGACGCCCAGGGCUCUCAAUACAAAUGCUUUUCAACAAUCAGUUACUGGAGUUCCGCAACAAGUACAAUCCAAUGUACAAUCUUCAUCGACUAAGCAACGCGUAUUUACUGGCACUGUCACCAAAGUUCAUGAUAAUUUUGGUUUUGUUGACGAGGAUGUGUUUUUUCAAACAAGUGCAUGCGUAAAAGGCUCAAAUCCAGUGGUAGGAGAUAGAGUUCUGGUCGAAGCAUCAUUCAAUCCGUCAAUGCCUUUCAAAUGGAAUGCAACAAGGAUUCAAGUGCUGCCAAUGGGGAGUAACAAUAACAGUGCUAACGUUCAACCAUCCAUUCAACAAACAAAUCGUUCGCAGCAGAGUAGCAGACCCAGUACUUAUAACGCUGUUCCUCCACCGAAUGAGAACUCUAAUAGCAGCAACGCGCCGAAUAACGCGACUAGCAAUCGCAAUAAAACUUCACGAGUGCGAGAACGAUCACCUCGAGAACGUCGGAACGACGAUGAGGAAAUCGAGAGAAAGCGACGCCGCGAGGAUCGAAUUAGGGAACGAGAGAAGAAGGAAGAACGCAGUCCAUCUCGAACUAGGAGAAGCAAAUCGCCAAGACCACGACGACGUACUAGAGUCGUUCCACGUUAUAUGGUACAGAUACCAAAGAUUGCACUCGAUCUGCCGGAGGCGGACGUAUUAGAAGUUAGGAGACGUUAUCAAAAUAUGUACAUUCCUAGUGACUUCUUUUCUACGAACUUCAGAUGGGUGGACGCCUUUCCACCGCAUAUGCCCUUUACACUUAACAAGCCGUGCUCCUUCCACGUCAUGCACAAGGAUGUUGAUCCUUUCAUCGAAAACACCGCAGUACUCGAGCCACCAGAUGCUGAUUAUCUUUUUUCUGCCAAAGUGAUGCUAAUUUCGAUGCCAGCAAUGGAGGAGAUUUACAAACGUUGUUGCGGCGUGAGCGAGGACAGAGACCCGGACCGUGACUACGUUCAUCCGACAAGACUGAUAAACUUUUUGGUCGGUUUGCGUGGAAAGAAUGAGACUAUGGCGAUCGGUGGUCCAUGGAGUCCGUCGUUGGAUGGCGCGAAUCCAGACAAAGAUCCCUCUGUUCUGAUCAAAACAGCGGUUAGGACUUGCAAAGCGUUGACCGGAAUCGAUUUGUCCCAUUGCACUCAAUGGUACCGCUUCCUGGAGCUCUACUACAGACGUGCAGAAACGACCCACAAGUCCGGUCGAGUGGUGCCUUCGCGCGUUGAAACCGUCAUACUAUUUCUCCCAGAUGUAUGGAGCUGUGUACCGACCAGGUUGGAAUGGGACGCUUUUCAUCUCAACUAUAAGAAGCAACUGGAACGAAAGUUGCUGCGUGCCGUAUCAAACUCGGACGACUCGGAUCCUGCGAUAGAAACUGAUGAGGCUGCCGCCGCUGAUCAAAAGGACGACGCGCCCACAGAGAAAAAAGAGCCGACACAUUACUCUGAACUCGAUCCCAAAAACAUGAACGUGAAUGAUUUACGGCAAGAAUUGACCGCACGUAAUCUCAGCUCGAAGGGCCUCAAGUCGCAACUCACAGCACGACUCGCAAAAGCCGUCAAAUCUGAGCAAGCGAAAGAAGAAGGACGACAGGACGAAGUCGAGGAAAAUGAAAAAGAAACGUCACCUCCGCCCAAGGAGGACUCUAAGGACGAGAAAAAAGCUAAAGAUGGCAAAGAGUCAUCGCGAAAAAUGUUACAGCACGAUGAUGACAGGAAGAAAACAAUGGAACGCGAACGCGCUUUACUGGAAAAACGUUAUGCCCUUCCCGAAUCUUCGCACAUCAUUGUUCAUCCUUCGAGAACUGCGAAAAGCGGAAAAUUCGAUUGCACUGUCAUGUCAUUGAGUGUUUUGCUCGACUACAGACCUGAAGAUACUAAGGAGCAUUCCUUCGAGGUCUCCCUAUUCGCCGAGUUAUUCAACGAGAUGUUGAUGCGUGAUUUUGGUUUUCGAAUAUAUCGUUCGUUGUGUAUUUUACCGGAAAAGCCAAAGGACAAAGAGGACGAAAAGAAGAAGGACAAAAAAGAGGACAGACGAGAAGAUAAAAAGGAAGACAAAAGAAAAGACGAGGAUAGCAAGAAGUGUAGUAAAAAAGACGACAAAAAGAGAGAAAGCAGCAAGGACAAGAAAGAAGAGAAGGAAACGAGGAGUAAGAGCGACGAAAAAGACAAAGACAAAGAUAAGAAUGAGGAAGAAGAUGACGAAGACGAGGAAGAAUCUGAGGAUGAUGAUUCAGUGAAAGAGGGAAAAAAAGAUAAAGACAAGGAUGGGAAGAAGAAAAAAGUGAAACUAUUUACACACGAUCCAUACCUUUUGUUGUCCUUCGUUUAUUUCGAUCAGACUCACUGUGGUUACAUAUUCGAUAAAGACAUUGAAGAAUUGAUUUACACCCUUGGUCUGAAUCUAUCGCGCGCUCAAGUUCGAAAGCUCGUUCAAAAAGUAGUGACACGAGAUUCACUUCAUUAUCGAAAAUUAACGGAUAAGUCGAAAGACGAAGAGAUCAAGGAGGAAAAAGACGUGGAAAAACACGACGCGUCUGGAAAGAUGGACAAUGAAGAGGAAUUUUUGAAAUCACUCGCCCUUGGAAAUAAAAAAUUAUUGCCAGUAUUUGUGGGAGGCGGACCCGCUUCGAAACGUGCUCGUCGCGAAGACACUACCGAAAAUUCCGAGGGUGAAUUCAUAUCCGAUGGUUUUAUCAUGUACAAAGGAUCGUUGCUCGACGUGGAAAAAUUGGUUAGCCAAUUAAAGAGAUCGGAAAAAGCACGACUCGACACUGAAGCCCGAAUGAUGGAAAUACAACACGAACUGAGCAGCGUUGCCGAGAAAUCGAGCAAACAGACGAACACUAUUAAAGACAUUACCGACGAUUUGAGAGCGUAUAAAGACAAACUUAGAAGUACUGACGAAAAGCUCAAAAAAGUUUCUACCGAAACUCACAUGUACCUGAGUACCUUGAAAAACGUGUAUCAUAUGACGUCAAAAGUAUUGCAAAACGACACGAAAAAGGUGGAGAUCGUCGAGAUCCAAGACGAGAAAAUAUCAAGCGAGAUAAACGGAUCGCAAUCAGAAUCGAAAUCGAAAACGGAUACAAGGUGGAGCGAUAACAAAUCAUCGCUGAAGAAAGAUCCCGGCGAUGCAGAGAAAGAGAAAAAGAGUGACACGAAAGUUUCCAUCAAGAAAGAACCCGUUGACACGGACAGAGAGAAAAAAUGAAUAUUGAGUUGUUUAUUUAUUAUUUAUACUUUUCAGCCAUACACAGUGAUAACACUUCACUUUUGCUUAGCGAAUAAUUGAGUGUGUUUAGGCGCUGUUGGGUUUGAUUGAAAAAUAAUGAAAAAAGAAACAAAAUAUGUACGAGUAAUCCCGUGUGAACCAAAAAUCUGGAGUACGUAUCAUGUUCAACGGAAUUUGCUAGGCAACCGUGCGACCGUCUUUAACCCGUAAGCAAAACACACGGCAAAGAAACAAAUUAAUGCGUUUCAUAUCGAUUCACGAAUGAUAAAAAAAAAACUAUAAAAACGAAGAAAAUAAUGGUGUGCGAAUCUGUAUUGAAUUAAAAAGAAUUUCAUACUCGACACCGUGCAAUUAUUACGGAACAUUAACAUAUUGAAUGAAAAAACAUCUGUCGCGAAUUUCGGAGCAAUUUCCACGAGUAGGUCAUCCGGGUUUUCAAUUUCUCAUUUCUUAUUUCGUAAAUUUACAAGUUGUAAUAGAAAAAACAAUCACAAGUUUCGAGUCGACAAGUGCAAUUGAAUGGAAGAGAGAAGAAAAUGGAAAACGAUUAAAAACGAUAAUGUUUGAACGAAUGAAAUAUCUCGAAAGAGUUUUUACACCGUUUCAACAGCCAAAAAUAUUUGCUUGGCUGUUAGGUUAAUUAAUUCAGCACUAAAAUGGAUAUUGAAUAGGAACGUAUAAAGAGGGAGCUCAAAAUGAGAGGAUUUCACAUGAGAAUAUUACAAAAAAGACGGCACGAAUACGACAAUAAAACGAAAAUGAUAAAUA